UGGGGAUACUAUGUACAAUUGUCGAUUUUUUUCUGCAAACAGCAUUUCGCUAUGAACGCAGCUAAUCCUGGUCAGCCAGUUCAUCCAACUUCUCUUUGUCCUUUAUCCGCCAGAAAUGCAUCAAUCGACUAAUUCGGCGACCCUUCUUCUUAGCCUUCUCCCGUUCAUCGCCCGGUGGCUUCUCCUCAUGACUCAACUUGCUUCUUUCGGCGUGCGGCCCUACAACAAGUUUAGAGAGACUUGCAAGGCUCGACCGUUUGGAGGUAGGUUGGCUAGAUCGACGAUAAACAGCAGCAGAAAACGAUGCAGAACGAUCCGUCGAUAGACGAGGUCGUGUGAAGAAAGUUGCAGAAACACGAUUUAGGGUAUUCGUCAUUGUGGAGGCGCUACUAGUCAGUGAAGGCACGUCCUCAAUAGAUGCAUGAGGAAACGGAUCGGUAGUCGAUGACGUAGUUAUUGAACGAGGAGCUUCCGGGGAAG